GUAUUCCAUAUCUCUGACCGUCCUGUAGACACAGUAUGUUCACGCUCCUCUCCAGGUCGAGAAAACAAACGCACCCGUAGCAUGCUGCGUUUGCGUGGCGCUUUUUGAUUACGUCCGUGAAUUGGGGACGCGGUUCCGUGUGGCUGGAGCAGUCGGGGAAAGGUUUAAACUUUGCUACUAGACAGUUGAGCAGUUUCUGGCAUUUCUUCCACGCCAUGUCCUCCACUCUGAAGGUCCACAGUGAGCUGAAAGCCCAGGUGGAGACAUUCAGGGCGCAGAUCACCAGUGAGGCUGAGCACCUGGUCGCCAGUGUUUUCCCUCAAAAACUUCUGGAGUUGGAUAACUUUCUCAAGGAGCCGAUUCUCAAUGUGACUGACCUGAAAGAAAUCCAUUCAGAGAUCAAGUUCAAAGUCCCAGAGCCAAUUCUCUUCACUAACAGUCAUGAUGGUCUGGACACGAAUACCAAGAAGAGGAAACUAGAAGAUGGAGUGGCUGAUGAGAACUGGCAAGGGGGAACCAAAACUCUGGUGAUGCCAGAGGGGAUGAUGAAAUGUAACACCAAGCUGAUGGACCUGAUUGAACGAGUCAAACCGGAGAUCAGGACACUGAUUGAAAAGUGUAACACUGUUAAGAUGUGGGUCCAGCUGCUCAUCCCAAGAAUUGAAGAUGGAAACAACUUUGGAGUCUCCAUACAGGAAGAGACAGUGGCAGAGCUGAGGACGGUGGAGUCAGAGGCUGCGUCUUACUUGGACCAGAUCUCCAGAUAUUACAUCACCAGAGCCAAACUUGUCUCCAAAAUCAUCAAGUACCCUCAUGUGGAGGACUACAGGAGGACCGUAUCAGAGAUUGAUGAAAAGGAGUACAUCAGUUUGAAGAUCAUUGUGUCAGAGCUCAGGAAUCAAUAUGUGACUCUUCAUGAUAUGAUCCUGAAGAACAUUGAGAAGAUUAAGAAACCCAGGAGCUGCAACUCUGAAGCUCUUUAUUAACAUCCCCCCCCCAACAGACACACACACACACACACACACACACACACACACACACACACACACACACACACACAAUAUACACAUACACAUUCAAACACAAAAUGUCAAAAAGUACUGACAGUGUGCUCACAUUCAGUAUUGAAUACUUUGACAUGAAUGGUCUGAACUUUCUGGUGCUCACUCUCCUAUAUGUAAACCCCACCCACCCCCACCGUCUCUGACACGUAACUUUCAGUUUUGGCUCUCCAGUGCUCUGGGAUCUGACCUCAGACUCUUUUCUCAUCAAUAUGUGGAGAGAAGUCUGCUGGUAAAAAGACCACCUACAUCUUCUGUCUCUCAUCUGCUGGUCUGCUGGGACAGAAGCUCAGGAGUCUCCUGCUGCUUUCUUUUCCUGUCUGCUUUAUCUGGAGUCUUGGUCUUCUGGAUGCUGUGACCCACAAUUGUUUUUUCAUCUGUCUGACCCCUGUCCCCCCCCCCCCCCCCCCCCCACCCAGGGAAUGUGCCUUUGUUUGUUUUUUGGCCCCUGGGAGUUUUGGGACACACCACAGGUGUAGGGGAAACAAGGGAUUUUCAAAACGCAACUCCACCCAGUCCUCCCCCAGUUGGCCUUAAACUCCAGUAUUUCUGAAAAAGGAUCCAGAUAGUACCCCUGAGAAAACAGCUGUAGUAUUGCGAUUAGCCUCAUCUACAGAGAUUUGACUGCACAGUUUAUCAAGACAGAGCUUCAUUUCUCAUGGAGGAUUCUUAAAAUGAAGAUUCAUCUUUUCUUCUCUUUUUAUUUGUCUUGUGCUUAUUGUAUCUUUGCUGAUACUUGGAGAUGUAGUCGCACCCUGAGGAGAAACCUUUUUGCCUGCCCUCCGACAGCAGGGAGGCGUGAUGCAGAACAUCUUGUGCAGGUGGAAUGCUUAAGGACACAGUGCAUGAUGACACUCAAGUCCAGAGACAUUGAAUGUGGGACUCUGCUGCUGUAAACACUGUGCCACACAGCUGUCUGUAGCUAUGGACGGUAUCAUAGAGGAUUUGGACUAAACUAAAACUUGCUGGAUGUCUGUCUCUAGUGAUCAAGCAGGCUUGAACUGGAGCUCAAAACAAUGUGGGACUGGGAUCAUGUAAUGAAAUGUAAUCUGACUUUUUUUUUUUUUUUUUUAAAAUAUAGACACUUAUGUUUCCAUAGGUUUCAUGUGGCUGUUUUAUUUUUAAUUUUUGAAAGUUAAUGAAGUGCUAAACAAACAGACCUCUGUGCAUGCAUGUCACUUCAAACAAAAUCAGGUUGGAACAAAUUUGAACCAACAUGUAAUUAAUUCGAAUAAAUUGGAAAGCUUCUACACUUUGUGCCUCAGUAUACAGGUAAAAUUUGCUAGGUGAAAACUGACUGUGAUGCCUCCAUUGCCUCUUUUGAGUGACAAGCUAACUUUACAAGGCUGCAAACAGACUGUGCUGUAAGGCACAGCCUAUUUCAUUUACAUAAAAAAUAUUUUUUUCCCAUUUUUUCAUUUGUUUGAACAGUAUUUUAAAUAAAAAGUGAGUGUCUUAAUGCAUGCGUGUGUAUGAUAGUUUCCCACAGGCCAUGUUUUAUUUCUGAAGAGCUGUUUUUUUGACUUGUUACUGAUGUCUCUGUAGACGAACCCAACGACAAAUUUUCAGUCGCUAAUAGAUUUGUUUAGUAAUAUUCUUUUUUUUUUGUUCCCACAUUAAGUUGACUGUUACUCAAUUGAUACAUUUUUUCUCAAACUUGCAGCUCCUCAGUCAAAUCUGAACACACAGACAUCAUAACUGACCGUGCUUACUGGAAAUUAUUCUUUCCAGUGAUUUAGUAUCUGAUGUCCAUUGUGGAUAAACAAAUCUGUAAGUCUAAUCUAUAAGUCUGAUUAGAAAUCACAGAAAAAGGCGCUCCUCAUAACUUAAAGAUCCCCUCCAGAAAUGCUUUAAGACAUACAAAAAUACUCUGCUUAGAAUAAUAAUU